AAAGAGAAAGAGGAAGUAAAAUGAUUUCAGAAAUUCCAACAUCCUAGAUAUUAUCACUUGGAAAAUUUCUCAAAAACUUUGUUUUGUUUUAAAAUAUUAAAAAUCUAGUGACUUCAUGAUCUUUAACCUUCUGUAGAAGAUAUAAACAAACAGAAUGUAUCAAGUACCAAAUUACACCGAGACUGUGUCAAUGAAGCUAUCAGAGGUUCUGGCUGAUAUAGGUGUUGAUGAGAGAAUUAUACUGAAGAAAAGAAGAACAUGGCUUCUGCUGGAAUCAAUAACAAAUAUAGAUUACCAACUACUUGAUAGAAAAUUCAAAGCAUACCUUUUUGGGAGUCAAUCAGAAGGUACAACUACAAUAGGUAUGAAUUCAGACUUUGAUAACCUUAUUUGCUAUAAAGAAUUCCAUGUGAUACAAGACUGGAGUGAUUGGAUACCUGGUUUAUAUAAUCAUUUGAUGAUUCAAGAUAAUUCUGUAUCUCCUGGAUAUUGUUUACUUCAACCUCUGAAACCUGAUGCUCCUCUUCCUCUUGAUGGUGAAUCUAAUCAAUACUUCUUCAAAGACAGAACAGGAAAAUUACUUUACAAAAAUUCUCUAGUAUCUUAUAUAAAUAGUGACCGUGAAAUGCAUGGGCCAGCAGGUGUACGACAUGGACAAUUAGGCUUCUGUGAUGCAGAUAAUGUAUUUGCUCUACAUUGUACAACAUGGCCAACACAAGCUAGACAAUGGUUGUACCAACAAGGUGAAGGUCAAUGGCCAUCUGCUGAAAUGAAACAACAUUGCAGCAGAACUGGAUGCUUUGUUGUUGGUGUUGGAUGCAGUGGCAGUGAAUAUGAGCUACUUGAAUGGAGAAUAUCAACAUCUUUAGCAGAAAGGUGUUUAAUGUUCAAUCUGAAUAUUACACAGAUUCGCUGUUAUGUCUUGAUGAAAUUAAUUUUAAAAACAUUUAUUAAUCCAUUGUUUGAAGAUGUUCUUUCAAGUUUUAUGUGUAAAACUGUACUCUUCAACUGUAUUUCCAAUACACAUACUAACAUCUGGAGAGAAAAUAACUUACUUUCUUGUAUAUCAAUGUGUUUAUAUAUCCUGUACACCAAUAUCAUUAAUGAAAACUGUCCACAUUUUAUCAUUCCUGGUAACAAUUUAAUGAGGGGGAAGAUUUCACAUGCAGUUAAACCAUAUAUCCUGGAAAUACUCAACAAUACCAUCUACAAUGAAGGAGUGGCACUACUUGGGAUUAAAUGUGAUGAUCUUGGUUCCAGGCUUCAUCUCAAGUUUUAUAAUUUAUGUCCAAUCAAGAAAGGUUAUAUCAUUUCAGGGACACUAUUAUUUAAUCUGGCUUUAAAAAUAUCUGAGACACUGAAAAAUAAUUAUAAUCAUCUUAAGGACAGUAGUCCUAAUGAAGCUGUGGAAAUAUUAAAGAACACUAUAUCAAAGACAUUCAACUUUCAACAUGAAGGUCUGAAUAAGACAGCCAGUCAAAUUCUGUUACAAUGGUUUUGUACAACACUUGGAUCUGUCUUGGCUUCUAUCAACAUACAUCAGUUCAACACAAUAUUAGCAGAUGCCCUGAAACUCAUCUCACUUGGUCUGAAUACAGAUGUUGCAUCAAGUAAACUGAAACUAGCUUCAAUCUUAUACUGUGUUCAAGAAAUACAAAAAGCAGACAAAGUACUCAGUGAGAUUGAAAGAAGAUAUGAUCUACAGAUUGUUGAACCAGUCUGUGAUUGUCAUCUAUUUGAGAGGAAACCAGUAAGACAUGGAUUCUUUGAAGUAUGUUACAUCUAUAAUGAACAAGUGUUACAGUAUACAACAGCAUUAUGUGUUAGAUUUCUGCCAUGUGAAAUUCACUGUGUACCAAAUGAACUCAGAUAUGAAAUGUUUAGAUCUACACAAGAGGAGAGAAUGUUUCGUACAUUUGAUGACAACUUAUGGAUGGAGUAUGCUGUAGUGGAUUCCCUCCCUUACCUCUACUUUCUACAAUACAAAGUUUACUGCCAUCUUGGAAGACAUGACCAGAAACAAGCUGCUCUCUUCAAACUUAUCAGAACAAUAAAAGAGGAACCAAACCUUGGACAUCGGGAAACAGCUCUAAAUAUUCUAGGAAAAUGCAUGGAACAAGAAGGUAGAGCUGGAGACGCUUUACAGUGUUAUUUGAUGUCACUUAAUAUAAGGGGGAGAAACAAUGCUGCAAAGAUUCAUAUCACCAUACUCCUAUCUGAAUUGAUAAAUGCAAGGACAUAAAAGGUACGACAAAACUGUGGAAAUGACUAAAGCAAGACAGCAAGACAAAUGAGUGGUAGCUACAAGGUAGAUUAUGACUGCAAUAUUUAUGCUCAACAUCAUCUGAUAUUUUUUCAAAUAGCAAUUUCUUGUCAUAAAAAACACUUUUAAAAUAGCAUCCAUAAUUCCAUAUGUGAAAAGGAUAAACCAACCAAACUGCCAUAUAGUCUGGUUUUCAUGUCUGAUUGUUGAUAUUUUAAAGUAAGAUAAUAACUUCACUUUUGUAUUAAUAUGUCUGAUUCUCAACAUUUUGGUAGUAUUCAUUAUCUUCACAUGAAAUAAUCAAUAAUUGCUCAUUUAUUAUCAUCUUUUGAACUCAUUUUUACAAAAAUCUUUAUUCCUUAAACUUUCCUGAAGUGUUUUCGAAGCUGCCAUGUUAUAAGUUAGUACAUAAUAAUAUCCAUAUUUUCGUACUUAAUUGAAGCAUAUUUUGCUUUACUGCAUAAUAUGUAUUUGUAGUAUAUAUAAUAUCUGUAUCAAUAAUUGUUGAUGAAAUUAACUUUAAAAAAAUGUAUGGUUUAGUUUUGUAAAAGAAGACGGUACUAUUAAUUUGGUUAUUCAAUAGUUGAAUUGAGUACAAGUAAAUAAAUCCUGUCAAUUUACAGUAAUUGUUGCUAUUCAUUUUAAUUUGUUACUAUAAGUGUUAAUUUUCAACAAAUUGAUUAAUUAAAUUUUGUAUGCUGA